AUGAUCUCUCAGACCUCAAAGUUUUGUCUCUUUUUCAUCAUAUUCAUUUCAUUCCUAUGCCUCUCUUCAAGUUCUAGUAUCCAAACCCAGUACACCAUAUUGGGCCCUAACUUGGACAAGGUUCCUUCACAAGACGAAGCAAUGCAACUAUUCCAACUAUGGAAAAGUGAGCAUGGACGGGUCUAUAAAGACCCAAAAGAGAUGGCACAUAGAUUUGAGAUAUUUUUGUCCAAUUUGAACUAUAUCGUUGAGACAAAUGCAAAAAGAAGGUCCCCUUCUGGUUACCUGCUUGGGCUGAACAAUUUUGCUGACUGGAGCCCCAGUGAGUUCAAAGAAACAUACUUACACGACCUUGAAAUGCCCAAUAAUAAUAGUGGGUCGAAGCUGAAUGACAAUGAUUUAUCAUGCACUGCACCUUCAUCGUUAGAUUGGAGGAAAAAUGGGGUUGUGACUGAUGUUAAGAACCAAGGGAGUUGUGGAAGUUGCUGGGCAUUUUCAGCUAGUGGAGCCAUUGAAGGAAUACAUGCAAUAACUACUGGAGAACUUAUAAGCCUAUCUAAACAAGAACUUGUUGAUUGUGACCAUUUAAGCUAUGGUUGUAAUGGAGGAUUUGUUAACAAAGCAUUUGAUUGGGUUAUAAGCAAUGGAGGGAUGACUUUAGAAGCCAAUUAUCCAUAUACAGGAGUGGAUGGUGGUAAUUGCAAUGCCAACAAGGUUCCAAUCAAAGCAAGCAUUAAUGGGUAUGGACAAGUAGAACAAUCAGAGCAGGGACUCUUGUGUGCUACAGUUAAGCAGCCUAUCAGUAUUUGUUUGAAUGCAACCGAUUUUCAACUAUACAAAUCUGGCAUAUUCGAUGGUCACCAGUGUACAUCAUCAUCAAAAUAUACUAACCACUGCGUGUUAGUUGUGGGCUAUGAUUCAGAAAAUGGUGAAGAUUUUUGGAUGGUAAAAAAUUCAUGGGGGACAGAGUGGGGAAUAAACGGUUAUAUAUGGAUCAAAAGGAACAGUGGUUUGCCAUAUGGGGUAUGUGGAAUGAAUGCUUGGGCCUAUUACCCGACCAUGUAA